UGUGCGACAAACUACAUCUAGGUGAAAGGAUGCGAAAUCUCUGCACCAACAAAAAAAACAACAGAAAAACCCAAAACACAUUUGACCUCAACAGGUGACAACAACAUCGAAAACAAACAAAAGACCCCCCCAAAAAAAGUCUAUUUAUAGAUGACCAGAGACCAAAGCGACAAUCAUCUGAACAGCCUCUUUCACAGUGGUACAUCCCUCCAGGUAACCAUUCACAAGUCUUGUACAGUAGAGCGGGACAUUACAUUUACUCUCAGCCGAAUUGACCUGAGAAAGCAUAUAAGUUCAUGCACUCCACUGGCCUGCACCACGAUUAGUAUAAGGUGGAGUAAUGCACGAAUGGAUAAAAAAGAGUGAGCUGUUGAGGAGCAAAUGGAGAUCCGUGUCCAGGGGAGUGAUGCUAUUGCGAGUGUGAAAGGUUGUCCAGGAAGUAACUAAGAAGACAUGAACAGAGAGGUGGUGAUCCUCAGAGGAGCGAUGAAGUAGAGCAGCCAGCACCCCAAGUAGAGCAGGCACUGUGGAAAAAUAGUUGUGACUCAACUAGACCAUUACAAAGUAUGGCCUGGAGGAUUUUCAUCUCAAGGUGCAAGAACAUUCUUAAUGACUGUACACGGCGGCUGCUGAUGGACGAUGUUGGGCCAGAUGUGCUACAGUUAGCGUUAAGGAGGUUGGAGACUAUGCAGAGAAGCCUUCAGUGGGCAAGAGGAAGACUGAUCAAUGUAACUGCAGCAGAUCAACUUCUGCGUGACUUGGCUGAAUUGAUUCAGGAGGUCGAACUGUCUACUCAGCAUGGCCAACAAGGCUGUUUUGGAUACCAGGCACCAGUGGUUUUCAACAGAGGUAGAGGUAGAUCCCUUUACCUUAUCACUCGGGAACAGCUUUCAUUCCUGAAGUCAUGUGGAUUCACUGCACCUCAGAUGGCUGAUAUUUUGAAUGUUUCACUUCGUACAAUUCGAAGACGUCUGCGACAGUAUCAUUUCACCCGUGCAUCAAUGUAUGCGGAACUGACUGACAGUGCCUUGGAUAAACAUGUGCAGGACAUUGUUGCUGGCAAUGAACAAAUUGGUCCUGAGGCUGUCAGAGCCUCCCUGCGAGUACGUGGACUACGUGUACAGCGAAGGAGGGUUCGAGCAAGCAUGUUACGGAUAAAUCCUGGAGCAGCUGCCCUUAGAGCAGUUUUGCGGAGACCAGAACGAAGAACAAAUCAGGUUGCAGGUCCAAACUCAUUGUGGCACAUUGAUGGAAAUCACAAGCUGAUAAGGUGGAGGAUAGUCAUUCAUGGGGCUAUUGAUGGAUACAGUCGUCUUGUGGUCUUCCUUCAUGCCUCAAACAACAACCGUAGCAGUACCGUUUUAUCAAGUUUCAUCAGAGCCGUGGUAUCCUAUGGUGUACCCUCGAGGGUCCGGACAGACAGAGGAGGGGAAAACAAUGCUGUCUGCCUGAUGAUGAACAUUUUCAGAGGCUUUGAUCGUGGAAGUGCCCUAAGAGGAAGGAGUACCCAUAAUCAGAGAAUUGAGAGGCUCUGGGGUGAUCUGUGGCGAGGAAUGACCAAUGUCUACUGUGUGAUUUAUUUCACCACCUGGAGGAGGAAGGCAUCAUAG